GUGUUCGAGACAGUCCCGGAACCACCUCACACCGUCCUGAAGAAGAGCAGCCACAACGUCAAGCUUGUCCUCAGUGCUCAGGUUGACUACACCGAGUUCAGACUGCACACGGCCGAGGUUCAGCUGAAGCAGACUGAGCUCUUCCAGACAGAGAUAAGCACUUUCUGGAUGUCCAAUACAGGGAAUGUAGCCCUGAAAUACUGCUGGGAGGAGAAUCUGGAGGAGGAAAUACCAUCAAAGAGUUCUGGGAGGUUGUUCUCGUCCACUCAGACACGUGAUUUCUUGUCCUCUGCUGCUGAGGAUCUCUGGGAAAGGAAUCAUGCAAGGCUGGUGCAGCAGGCAUCGCCACUCGAGUCAACUCAGCCCCAGCCAACUCAGCCCCAGCCAACUCAGCCCCAGCCAAGUCUGCACCUUAGCUCCUCCCCGGAAUGGUCUCCAAUUCCCGUCAAGGACCCACCGCUGUUCUCCAUCGAGCCCCGCUGCGGUACCAUCCCUGCUGGCCAGAAUCAGAUUUUCCAUGUGAAAUUCUUCCCGACGUGUGUGGGGGAAUUUAAGGCCGAAAUGCUGUGCAGGUAGGAAAUGUCCAUGUGCUUUCCAAUCCAUGCUCCUGGUGGGUAUCACAGGAUGGGCCAUUGGGUGCACCCUUCCUGCUCAAGCAGGGUCAUUCCAGAGCACAUGGCACAGGAUUGUGUCCAGAGGGUUCUGG